AUGCGACGAUGGCCAGUCCGUAGAAAGUUUUUGCACUCAUUCCCCAAUUUUACAACUUUUUGCCGGAGACACAGCGCCUUGGCCCAAAAAAUCGAGCAUACCCCAGUAGAACGAUCCCAGAUACAUCCUCCACCGAUAAUACUCUCCAGAAGACCAGAUCCAUAUGUUAUUCUCGCUUCUGAGCUUUCCCAGCUACGUGGAAACCUCUUAACUCUCCUUGGCUCAGCUCAUCCAGGUCUUAAAGACCUGGCACAAUGCUACUUUCUCGACCCGACAAAACUUGUACGUUCACUCGUUAUUCUACUCUUUGCACGCGCGACAAAUGGACUGGGAGAGGACUGGGAGGCGAUGGAGUGGAAUGCAGCAAGGGAGGCUGCGUCGGGAAGGACUGAAGAGUUCGAGCAGCCGUUGACGCGUAGCGACGUCCUGCACUACUGGAAUCCCAGCAUGCCUGAUCAUGCUGAAUCGUUCGACUCUAUAUUUCCUUUACAAACACCAACGCCGUUUCCACCUUCUCCUCAAUCCCUUUCGUCGAACCUUCCUUCCACUCGCCCGUAUCUCCUACCAACACAAAUACGCGUCGCCCAAAUAGUCGAGAUGAUUCAGGUUGCCUCGAUGCUUCACGACGAAGUAUCCGUGACGGCCACCUCGUCGCCCUCACCACAGAGUUCACAGCCCGUAUUCGGCAACAAACUUGCCAUUCUUGGUGGCGAUUUCCUGCUCGGACGUGCCAGUGCCGCUCUCUCCCGACUAGGCGACAGUGAGGUGGUUGAACUUGUCGCGAGUGUUAUCUCAAACUUAGUAGAGGGCCGGGUGAUAGAACUCAAGACCGAGUAUGCAUCUUCCCCUCUCACCCCCCAAGAUGCUUGGCAUACCUACUUCAAAACUACAUACCUGAAGACUGGGAGUUUAUUGGCGAAUGGUGCACGCUCUGCCGUGAUACUAGGUGGAUGUAGGAACGAGAUUUGGAAAGAGGUCGCGUACGCGUUCGGGCGGAAUAUUGGUAUUGCACUUCAGUUGGUUGAUGAUACCAGAGAACAUGAGUCUUGCAUGUCAACCAGUACGCGACCCAGAACUGCAACAAGUCCCAUCUUAUUUGCAUGGGAGGAGCAUCCUGCUUUGGGACCUCUAAUAGAACGCGGGUUUAGUGAACCAGAAGACGCUGCAGUGGCAAAUGACCUGGUGCGCAGGUCUUGUGGCAUCGAGAGGACAUGGGAACUCGUCCGUGACUACGUUAACAGGGCCAGCAAUCUUCUUCGAUAUCUACCGGAUAGCGAUACGAGGCUGGCACUAGACUUAUUUACACAACGCAUAGCGGAACAGACGCCGUGA